UGCUUUUUGUUACCACUAUUCAUCCUCAUUUAAGAUUUCUUUACUUCAUGAGCUGAGCUUCAGUGAGGGGAGGGCCCAUUUUAAAAUCUUGUCUCUGGGCCCACUCCAACCUUGCUACGCCCCUGCACCUUUGGGGGCUCUCUCUCUCUCGGGAUUUGGGGAUGGCAGCCUGAGAAGUCAAGAGCAGGAGCAGCUGCUGCAUCUGUUCCGUCUUCUGCAGCGACACCACCACCAGCAAGUCAAGAAUGAGGUCACAGCCGAAGCAUAAAUGUCAGAUGAAAGAUGCACAUGUUUCAGAUAAAAAUAGAAAGUGUGCAGAGAUGUUAAGAGUCGAGGCUUUGGAAAAUAUAAACAGUGACCCGCCUGCUGCCGGCAGCUUCUGUGCUGGGCAGAGAGCAUGACAGCAACCCCAGCUACCCCACGCCUUCAGCGGAUGAGAAGCUCUUCCCUGAGCCAUGAAUGUUUAUGGGGCUCACCUGAGGCCUUGCUUGGCUGGGAAGAGGCCAGAACCCAGGUGCUGGUGUUCAAUACUGGAGGCACCAUUGGCAUGGGGGGCACAGAGUGGGAUGGAGGGCUUGCCCCUGCGGCAAAUAUGCUAGUCAAUGCCUUGAAAAAAAUGCCAAUGAUGCAUGACAAGGAAUAUGCACAGGGGAUGAAACUCUACAACUCCUGUGAGUUUGCAGACAACACUUUGGUGCUUCCACUUUCUAAACGAAAAAAAAGGAUUAUCUACAGCAUUCUAGAGUAUUCACCAUUGCUUGAUUCUUGUAACAUGACAACUGAUGACUGGGCUAAAAUUGCCAAAGAUCUUGAGACCUACUAUGAACAUUAUGACGGCUUUGUCAUCCUUCAUGGGACCGACACAAUGGCUUACACAGCUGCUGCUUUAUCCUUCAUGUGUGAAAACGUUGGCAAGACCAUUGUUCUGACAGGAUCUCAGGUACCUAUUUAUGAACUGAGGAAUGAUGGACGUUCCAAUUUGCUGGGGGCACUGCUAAUUGCUGGACAGUUUGUCAUUCCUGAGGUAUGCCUCUGUUUUCACCACAAACUGUAUAGGGGCAACAGGGUGACCAAGGUGGAUACUGGAAGUUUUGAUGCUUUCUCCUCACCCAACCUGUCUCCCCUUGCAAAUGCUGAGGUGGAUAUAAAAGUUGACUGGGGAAUUGUGUGGCGAGCCAGCACCACAAAAAAGUUUGAGGUCCACACCAAUAUGAACAGGAAUGUGGGGUUGCUGAGGAUCUUCCCGGGGAUUACUGCUGCCACUGUGAAGGCAUUCCUUCAGCACCCAAUGGAAGGAAUUGUACUGGAAACCUAUGGAUGUGGCAAUGCCCCAAACAAUCGCCCCGAUUUGCUAGAAGAGUUGAGGAAAGCAACAGAGCGAAAUGUGGUGAUCCUUAACUGCACCCAGUGCUUGCGAGGGUCUGUGGCUUCGACCUAUGCCACUGGACAGGAUCUUGCUCAUGUUGGAGUAAUUUCAGGAGGUGAUAUGACACCUGAAGCAUCCUUGGCAAAGCUUUCCUACGUGUUGGGGAAAAAGCAACUUACCUGGAAGGAGAAGAAGCAGAUGUUGGGUGACAAUCUUAGAGGAGAAAUGUCUUCCAUGCUAACUGGAAUCCAAAGCUCCUUAAGAAAUAGCAAGUUUAUUAAAGUGAUGACCAAAUUUAUAAGUCUUAACUGCAAAGAGGAACUUGGAUCUUUAAUUCCAUCUCUGGCUUGUGCUGCUGCUAAAACUGGUGAGAUGGAUGCAUUGAAAGACAUUGAAGAAAUGGGUGGAAACUUGAACUGUGAAGAUUAUGAUGGGUGUACCCCACUUCAUGUUGCCUCAAGAGAAGGCCACUUACAGCUAGUUGAGUAUCUACUGAAGAGUGGAGCAAGUGUUUAUGCUAAAGAUAGAUAUGGCGUCACUCCACUGAUGAAUGCCAUCGAAUUCAGACACAUGGAAGUGAUUCAACUACUUCGGCAAACAGGAGCUCAUCUUUCCAGGGAAGAACUAGAGGAUGCUGGAACCAAGCUUUGCCUCCUCUCUGCUAAAGGAGAUGUGGGUGGACUGAAGGCUUGGCAUCUGGCUGGUGUAGACAUGGAACAGACUGAUUAUGGAGGCAGAACACCUUUGCAAAUAGGAGAAAUGGCAAAGAACACUCAAGUCUUGGAAUUAUUGAAUAACUUGAAAACAAUGAAAGGUUCUUCAAAAUGAACAUACUGAAUUAAAUAUAACCUUCCAGUGGAAAA